GUGCACCGUACCCGCCCUCGCCGCCUGCCUCGCCUCGCCUGCUGCCCUGGACACCGUCGCCGUCGCUGUCGCCUCAGCUCGUCCAGUGGCGGUCGAAUUCGUCCAUCGCGGGCCACACCAUCGCUCGCCGCGCUGCCGCAACAGCCCUCGCGGUGGUGCCCGCGUGCCCGCAGUGGGCACUCGCCCUCGCAGCUCGGGAGCCCCGCACCGCCCCGCCUGAGGGAGGAGCGCUUCCGGACACGAGGUUACGGCAAGGAUCCUCUUUCUCAGCGGAGAAGUCGAAGCCAGCGCGCGAAGGGAGGACUCGCGCGCGAAGGGAGGACUCCUCCCAGAGCGCGCGCAUCGAGAGCCCAUCCGGGGCCACGUCCUGCUACGCUUUCUCUCACUCGCCCUAUCUCGAGUCCUCCACCCGCUCCCCGACCGUUUGCGGCCAUGGAAUUCGACACAAAGUCUGAUCCAUGCGGACCCGGGCUCCCUCCUCUUCGCCCGCUUCCGCUUCCUGCCCAUAUGUGCCCACCUCCUCGUCCACACCGCCCACACACUCCGACCAGGCCGGCCCUUUCCCUCCGCGGCCGCCCUUGACUGUUGCGCACCCACCGAACGCCCUCCGGCCAGUCCAGAUCUCCUCCUCUGCAACCUCUACGAACGUCACCUCUCAGGAAAUCAGGCGUCCGAACGCAGCUAGCUCUUCUCGACCUACCAUUAGCGCUCACUGUGCUAACCACCUGCCGCCCCUCGUCCACAUCGCGCGCGUCAUCCGUUGUCUGAGCUUGGAUAUCGUCCUUCUGCCUCGUGUUCGCCUCCUGCCCCAGAUCUUCUCUCUUCUCCGGGCCCGCAAGCCCUCCGCACCCCUCUCACAUGCGUUCGGCAUGUCGCCUUUGCUCUCAUCCUCCUCCGUACUUCACGCCCUCUACACUCUCAAUAUGCCCAUCCUCGGUACUGUCUUCUCCCAGCUCGUUCCCCGAUCCACCAACGCCUGCCCGCGCUCUUCCUAAAGACGCCAGCCACGCCAGUCUCCCAGUCUCUUCCGCCGUCCAAUGUCCCGCCAUCCUCCUCGAUAUGGCAGCGCUUUCACCACCCGUCAGGUACUAUCCC